ACCAGUGUUUAAGACAUUUCAUUUUUAUUUAUUUUUUCUAUAAAACUUCAGUAUGUCUUGGUUAUCGCCUUGCUAUUGCUGAUGUUACUGUUUUUCUAUGUAUAAUUUUUUUAACUUAUGACUAUAGAGAUGAAUGAAUGUGGUUUUACAAAGGGGUCAAACAGGCGUAAUAACCAUUAGCGGCUUUAAUGAGAGUCGGGCGGUGGUGUCUGGCAGCCGUUAGAAAGCCGUAGAAAUUGUCAUGCUAUAUUUAUCCCAACUUCAAUAGCCAUAUAACAAUUGAAUUUUAUUUGAAAGAUUAUGGAUAAAAAAUAAUUAUGAAUUUUUAAGUUUCUCUACACUCGUCACUUAUUUCACACAAAUAUACAUCUGAAUCUCUAGGUAAUGUUCACUAAGUUAGGGUAUUGACAUUUUGAAAAGUCUUUAAGGUUUGUAAUAAAAUGAAUGUAUUCAAUAUAUGUCUGGCUGGGUUCCAUCUAUGCAUUCGUAAAUAUACUAUAGAAUUUAUUUGCCUUUUUAACAGUGUAAGCAACGGCCUUUAUCCUGUCAAGAAAACUACAGAUUAUUAUCAGUGGCUUUAUUUGACAACAUCGUGACAAGUAUUGGUAAAAGAAAAGAAACAAUAAAAUUGGUUCAACUUAACACACACAAUCUAAAUAUAAGUUUCACACCCUUUAAAUAAACCAGGUAGUUAUUAAGUACUUCAGGUAGUCUGUAAGUAUCAGCAACAUAUAGGCUUUGCUAGCGCAUAGUAUUGUUUAUAGAGAUAGUGAGAAUACUUCAAAGUUUGCAGUUAUGUAAUUGAUCUAUAAUUUUCUUUAGUUCCCCCAAUUUAUAAAAUUUCUUUAGUGGCCAAGAACGAAGUCACAUUUUCUUUCUUGUUAAAUUCCUGAAUUCUGUACGUUUUUCAGUUAUUUCACACCAAAAACUCAUUUUAUCUUUAUGAACCGUAUUACAUGCUAAUAUAGUUUGAUUAAGAUGUGAAUAAAUGAAUAUUUAAGUGUUGGUUUAUAUUUUCAACUUAAAAAAGUAAUAAGAUAAUAAAGGUUGAUAUAUGGAGGUGAACGCCAUCUAGGAGUUAACAGCGCUACUAAACGUUCAUCACGGGGGUACAGAGGAGAGUUUCUCGUCUGUUUAUUCUGGGAUCCGUCACCAGCACCAACAGCCACUAGACAGAGAACCAAGAUGGAGGACGGUCAGGGUGUACGACUACUUGACAGCCCUGAAAAUAUUCGCCUGAGGCAUCGGAAGGAAGUUUCGAGGACGAACAACACAUCCGAGUGCGACAAGUUCGGACUCUACCGUACAGACCGUCCAAUUUCGCACGCGACGGCAACCGGCGAAUCAGUGUCGACCCAUAGGAGGCACUCUCCGUCAAUGCCAGAAGUGGACCCGAAGCGAAGCGGGUCGGACGUUAACCGGAUCUGCGGCGAAGUAGACCCGAAGCUAACCCGACCUCGAGGGAACCGAACGUCGAGUGAAUUGGACCUCGAGUUAACUGGACACGAUUGCGGGAAGGGCGACUGCGCAACACCUCGGACAAGACUCGCAAGUCGGGAAACGCAGGCGACGGCGGCGGUCGUCUCUGCGGAGGUCGGCGUCGUCGCGUCCGUCCGUAAGGACGAUUGUUGGAAGGGCGACUCCACAACACAUCGGACAAGACUCGCAAGUCGGGAAACGCAGGCGACGGCGGUGGUCGUCUCUGCGGAGGUCGGCUUCGCCGCGUCCGUCCGUAAGGACGAUUACCGGCGAGGGCGACUUCCCAACGUCUCGGACGAGACUCACGAGUCGGGAAAGCCGGGUCACGGCGGCGGUCGGCCUCGUCGCGUCCAUCCGCAAGGGCAGAUGUGUCAGUGAUGUGAUGUAAGUUAGAGACAUCAUUGGAGGUAGAUACUACAGCUGUAAUUUUGAGCUCUUUGGACGAGGACACCACUCGAGACGCGACGAAGACAGUUCUCGACGCCGGACCAAGAUACCCGCGAGGCGGAAGAAGUAGUCCAUCGACAUCGUAUUGUUAUGUGCUUGUAAUGUCGACGUUAAUAUGUUUAAUUGCAAUAUUUGUGAACGGAGCGCUGUAAGGGAAGUGGGGGACGAACGGGGUGGGGGAGAGGGCGUUUGUGUGCGUGGGCAACGCGCAGAGUAAUUUGGGAACGAAGGCGCGCGAAUAAUAACCGUAAUGCGCUAUCGUACGCGAGCCUCGUCGACGUCGGCAAUAAUGCUAAGAAUGGAGAUUACUAAUAGGCGGAUUAGCCGAUCGUCGGUAUAUUUCGGGGAAUGCAGGAAACGCGUAAAAAUUGUAAAAUAUUUGAGGGCACACGAGACCACAUAAUUUGGAAGGCUCAUUUUAGCAGGGAGUAUUUGGGAAAGUAUUCGCGCACAGUCACGGUUCGGUUAAAGCGAUACGUCACGAUCUCUGUCGGGCGGAAUAGAAUAUUUUGGGGGGGGGAGUCAUUUCCAAUGUGUGUGCAGAAAUUGUUGGCUGUAGGAAAAAAAAAGGCGAGGUCGAAAUCGGGAAGGGACGAGGUGAUAUAUUUUAAUGGGUUUCCUCGCGGCGAGACGAGAAGACCCCGAUCGGACGCCCGUCGUAUUAUUAAAUAAUGAAUAGAGAAGAUUUUAUUGGUAAUGAGAGUAAUGUGAGUGACAAUUGUAAUAUGGCAGUACUGAGGAAAGGACUGUCAUUUUUAACUGAAUAUUGUUUAUUUAUGGAAGACAUAAUUAAUAGCAGACGGUACCGUUUUAGCGUCAAGACGUCCCGACAUCGUACGAAAUAAAGUUGCGGGCGGGGGGCGAAAUCGGAGUCGAUCCGUCGAGGAGGGGUCCACGUCCGUAUUUUUGUUUGACUGCCGGUUUUAAACGAGCCACACGUUGGCGUUUCGUCAUCGGAAACGUCACGUAACGUAACGCAAUGCGGAAGGGCCAUAAUGGGACGAGUGCAAGUAAAAAAAAAAACGUUCAAUGUUAGUUUUGUUGUUUAUCGAACAUAUUUCGAGUGGCACAUUUUGUCCGUGUCGCUUCCGUCCGACAUCGUGUCGGGUGAGUGAGAGGAGACCCAAUAAUGUUGUAGAGUUUGAAGGGAGUGGGAAAAUAUUAGUAUUUGUCGUAAUAGCGUUAUUGACGAGCAUAUUGUAUAGAUUUGUAGUUAAGAGCGUUCGAAAAGCGUUUUGCACGUAGAAAUGUCGCGAGGACGCGGGGGUAUAUUUUUGGGGGGGUCGGAGAAAGCGGCGCGUUCGGCAGGAAAUGCGAGAUUCCCGGUAGUGCCGUGCGGCAAAUGUUUGGAGUGCGUCAUUUGUUUGUAAAUUAAUAUUGAAACUAUGUAGUGAAGUAUAUUGUUUAGUUUUGCGGCGAGUAGUGUACGUAACGUCGAGCGUAAGACGGCGGCGCGGUAGAUCGGGUUAGGUGCAGAUUACUUGAAAUCGAAAAAAUUUAGUAGUUAGCUUAACACAAAGGAUAGCACAGUGUA